UUUAAAUAAUAUUUAAUUUUAAAUUUAUGCUUAAACAUGUAUUAAUUUUUACAAUUAUGUGACUUGAAUAUAUCUUGUAUUAAAUAGCAUAUUGUACAGGACUAUACUGCAGAUGUUGAAUCAUUCGACAAUGAUAUCUCAGAAUGAAUCAGGAAUCAAUAAAUGCACGUGAGAAGCUAUCACACGCUCAAUAGCAGACGCAGAUUCCGUUUAGUGAUGUUGAAAAUGCAAUACAAGAAUUUUUAACAAACUGAUGAAAUUUGAUACUGUUAUUUAGUGAUACUAAAAUAAAAUACGGGGACGUCCUGCAUCACGUAAAUUAUAUAAAGGUAUUUUUAACAAAAUGACAACGGAAUUUAAAGUGAAAUUACGGCUUGUGGACAAGAAAAGUGGAGAAGUUGUUAGUUAUAAACAAGAUGGUGAGAGAUUUGGUCAGGCUGUCACUGUAAAGUUGAGUACAGAUACGGAGUAUGAGAUUAGUGUAGCUACCCGACCUGCAAUCAUCAUUGAGAGGCUUAUGAUAAACGGAGAAUCUCAGACAUUAUCAGAUAAUAUUGCUGUAGGUAAUAGAGAUGACAGAGAUUCUAAAACGUAUAUUAUACAUUACUCAACUAUUGGAUAUGACGUCAGCAAAGGCGGAAGCAGAAAAAAUAUUCCAUUAUCAUUUGAAUUUCAGGAUGGUAAAACAAUGAAAACAAGUCUUCAGUGCAAGUUUUAUAGAACAGGAGAAAAGAGUCAUUCGCAUUGGGGUCAGACACUUUCAGCCAUUGAUAUAGACUGUAAGGCAGAAGAGGGACGCUCUUAUAUCACUCUGACAAAAGAAAAAUAUCUGUGAUAUUAAACACAUAAUGUAACUAUUCAAAUAUAAAUAGAUUCUCAAUAAAGAAGUCGAAAAAUUCAUUAUAUUCUCAUCUAUAUAAAUUGCUUUCCGCGAUUUUUAUAAGCAGACGAUACAAAGUACAUAGUGCUUUAUUAUAUACUGACUUAUUUGUUAUGGAUUGGUUGUGAGUUUAGUCUUACCUACAUGAGAGAUCUUAAAUAUUCGGUACCCCUGUAUAUAUUAUUUUAUGUACACCCAGACAAAUGUUUUAAAAUAGAGAAAUACAGAAUCCCUAAAGAAAGCCCAACACAACAAAAUUGAAAAUGUUGCAGGCUCGGUUUGAUUGAGCCUUUUCAUGGACGGUACUGAAAAGUGCAAGUUACCGUCCACGCCCCCUAGCACCGGCUUAAGCAGAAUUCAACAUUUACACGAAAAUGGUGAAAUUUUGAAAUUUGAAUUUAGAAACAUCCGCAGAUGUGUUCAUACGGCGGUUAUCAUGGAACCUUCAAUGUGACACAGGAGUGCCAUUCCAUGAAAAGCGGCGUAUGGUCCCCAAGUAAAAGAAUGCUUUUGCCCCUAAACGAGAAAACAAUUGGCGGAACUAAAUAAAAUGGAAUUUUGAAAGGGGAUCGGAGGUUAUGAAGCCUGCAUAUCACAGAUAACACGUCAAAUGACAAAUUUAAAAAGCAGGCAGCAUAUCCUAAGGCUGAUUAUACAGUAUUUCCUUGAUGAUCCUGCUUAUCAUAUUUCAAGUAGGAAUACUGGAACCACCCAAAGCGAAA